GCUUCUCAACUGGUAGCAAUCUUGCACCUGUUAGGCUCUAUGUGGUCGCUGGAGAAGCAUCGGGUGAUGCUAUCGGCGCCAAAGUUAUUCGUGCGUUACAGAGACAUCAACCGCCUCGAAGUCUUGAAAUCCGAGGAAUCGGAGGACCACUGAUGUCUAAAGCUGGUGCAUUUGAAUCGCUCUUCCCGAUGCAAGAGCUGUCGGUUAUGGGACUACUAGAAGUGGUGCCGCACAUUUGGCGGUUCCAGCGACGGAUUCACGAUACGCUGCGUGAUAUCGAGAAUUACCAACCCGAGUUGAUCCUUACAAUUGACUCAAAAGGAUUCACUUUUCGAGUGUUGAAGGCACUGCAAGCGAGUGAGCAGAAGAGCGGUGGCAAACGCAUAAAGAAGGUUCACUACGUUGCGCCGUCCGUUUGGGCUUACAAGCACCGAGGCAAGCGGGAUUUUACCGAGUUGAAGCAGCUUCUAGAUGCCAUGUUCACGAUCUUACCCUUCGAGGAAGACAUUUUUAACGCGGGGGAGGAGAUACAGAGUCCGGACAAUAAAGGUCGAACCUGGUGUCAUUUUGUGGGGCACCCAGCGGUCGAAGACUUUCUGGAAAUUAAUGGGGUCUACGAGAGCGGUGCAACUAAAUCGUUGGACUGUACUCUCGACAGUGAUAUUGAAACAGGAGCGGAUGGGUUACUUAGUUUUUCAAAGUAUGAAAGGAGCAAUUUGUUGGCGCGUGGGCGACUGCUUCAAGAUUUAGCGGCAAUUGGGCGUGAGCCAAGUGCUAGAACCCGUGUCAGAGAAAACUUUGGGAUUUCUAAAGAUGCGUUCGUGAUCUGUGCGCUUGUUGGAAGUCGGGUGAACGAAGUGAAGAAAUCCUUGCAACUCGUACUCGAGGCCAUUGCGAAAUUUAAGGAAGCAAAGAGUCAGCAGCAACAGAUCUUCGUCGUGUUUCCCACUAUUUCUGCUGUGGAGCAGCAGGUCAAAAAUCAUAUUAAUACAGCUGCUCCUGAGGUGAAGUGGCGUGUUUUAACUGACCUUGCAACAGAAGAACGAUUUCGGCUUUUCCAGGUGACGAGUGGAUCGGACUGUGCAUCAUUAUACACAUUUCUGAAGCUAAUUGCACUUACCCCUGUCGAUUUACAGAGCUCCGAUGCAGCGGUGGCCGUGUCCGGAACGAUCGUGCUCGAAACAACUCUAGCGAAUCUCCCGACUGUCGUUAUCUACCGUGCCAACCGGUUGACCGAGUGGAUUGCUAAGCGACUAGCUGCCGUCCGAUUUGUCUCGAUUCCCAACAUCUUGCUUGGAAGACCACUCAUUCCAGAAUUGCUUUUCAGUGAUUGCGCUGCUCCGAAGAUUGCUGAGACGUUGAGGUGAGUGGAUUGGUUUUUGCUUUAGUCUAUCUCAUAGCUAAUACUUGUACGUUUGUACCUGUGAAAUAGAGUAUUACUGCAUCAGAAAACUAAAGAAAAGGAUGCACUACAACUGACAAGGGCACUCAGCACUUUGACAAAAUGGCAAGAGACGACGGAGAAUAAACUGAAACCUAUUCGAGCAAGCGACCUAGUUGCAAAGCGCAUUCUAAAUGUGCUGACGGAUAAAUAGACUCGAGUUUUAUUGAAAACGCA